AUGAAAACUUUUGUGAUCCUUUGUGUCUUGUUUGUGGCCUCGGCCAAUGCUGGUCAUCUGUCAUCGGCGGCCCAACGUUUAAUACCCAGCUUUGCCACCGGCUACAUCAUCAAAGGCGAAGAUGCUGAACCCCAUUCCGCCCCCUACAUCGUUUCGCUGAGUCGUACCGCCAAACACUCACACAUCUGUGGUGGUAGUAUUAUCAACAAGAAUUGGGUUCUCACUGCUGCCCAUUGCAUUAGCAAGCCGGUCGGCAUGGGUGUGGUGGCUGGUCUCCAUAAGCGUACCAAUUUCGAUGAAAAGACCCAAUCUCGUGUGGUCGAUUAUGGUGUAGUUCACGAACAAUAUACCGGUGGUGUUGGUCCCUAUGAUAUUGCUAUGUUGCAUGUGUCGGAACCUUUCGAAUUCAAUGAAUGGGUGAAACCUGUUGCUCUACCCGCCUACGAACAGAUUCAUGAUGGUGAGACGCAUUUGUAUGGUUGGGGACAACCUAAGGCUUUUGUCUUCUCCGCUGCUAGCACCUUGCAGACUGUCACCACCCAGAUCGUUGAAUUCAAUAAGUGCAAGGAAGUCUUACCAGCUGAUGCUCCUCUGCAUGAAACCAAUGUCUGUUCGGAUUCUUUGCAACAAAGCAUUUCGGCUUGUAAUGGUGAUUCUGGUGGUCCAUUGGUUAAGGAAUUCGCCACCAAAGGCGAUGCUGAGUUGAUUGGUAUUGUAUCGUGGGGUUAUAUUCCCUGCGGUAUGGCUCAAAUGCCUUCGAUUUAUACUCGUGUCUCGGCCUAUAUUCCAUGGAUUGCUAAUGUCCAGAAUAAUUAUUUCAAGUCGAUUUAAAGGAUUUU